AUGUUUGCUCCGAGCUCUACAGGAGGUUCUAGCAAGAGGGCGGUUGGAGAAGGAUUUAGUGGGAAGGCAGUUAAGGAUGAAAUAUGCAAGUUGAAGGUUUCGAAGUUGACUGUUGAGUUUGACUUGACCACAACAAAGCCUGUUAAGAAACACGGCAACAUGUUUAAUAACAUGUGCCAUUUCUUUGCUAAUCCAGAAAUUGGCAAGCUGCCAAAUGUCAUAGACAAUUUUGAAAAACUCCAUCGCAGAAAAGAUGAAUGGAGAAAUGAAUAUGUUGAAGUUAAAUAUAGGAUGGACAAUACUAAUUUGGUGGAGAAUGAUUUACAAUCACGUCGAAAAAUAGAUUUUGAAAGUCAAGAUGGGAUAUUGUCUUCAAAUGUUGAUAUAAAAUCUCUUCAUUCUAAAAUUGAUGAAGAGGCAAUACCAAAGGUUGGUAUGGAGUUUAAUACUGAAGAGGAAGCUUAUAAUUUUUAUAAUGCAUAUGCGUAUAAGAUAGGUUUUAGUAUUAGAAGGAGUAAAAUGCAUAAAGAUUUUUUAGACGGACGGAUAAUAGAUAGAAUAUUUUGUUGCUCAUGUGAAGGUCAUCGAGAAAAAGAUAAACGAGAUGUUAUAGUGAAAUCUCAUCGUGCUGAAAUGACAUUUGGUUGUUUGGCAAGAAUGAAAAUCAAUUCUCGUCAAAAUAGUAAAUAUCGUGUGGUCGAUUUUGUUAUGGAACAUACACAUGUGACAUCAAGUCCUAGCAAAAGUCAUUUACAUAGAUCUCAAAGAAGAUUGACUGUAGCCCAAGCUGUUGAAAUUGAUUUAACUAACAUCUCAGGAAUUACUCCUAAGGCAAGUUAUGAUUUAAUGGCUAGGCGAGUUGGUGGGUGCGAGAACCUUGGAUAUACUAUUGUUGAUUGUCAAAAUUAUUUGCAGAGUAAACGAACAAUUCAAAUGAGAGUAGGAGAUACUGGUGGUAUACUUGAAUAUCUUCAAAGUAUGCAAUUAGAAGACCCUGCUUUUGUUAGUGCCAUGCAAGCUGAUGAAGAUGACAUGAUAACCAAUAUCUUUUGGGCAGAUGGAAGAAUGAUGACAGAUUAUUUCUAUUUCGGUGAUGUUGUUUCCUUUGACACAACUUACAAAAAAAAUAAAGAGUGUCGACCGUUCGCAAUGUUUCUUGGGGUGAAUCAUCACAAGCAAACUAUUAUCUUUGGAGCUGCACUAUUAUACGAUGAAACUGCUGAAACUUUUGCUUGGUUAUUUGACACUUUUGCUAAAACAAUGUCAGGAAAAAAGCCAAAGACUAUUCUUACUGACCAAGAUGCAGCAAUGGAAAAAGCUUUAGAGUCUCAAUGGCCAGAAACAACUCACCGUUUAUGCAUUUGGCACAUAUUGCAGAAUGCUGCAAAAAAUCUUAGUGGGGUUUUUCAAAAUUUUAGAGAAUUCACAAAGGAUUUUAGUAGUUGUAUUUAUGAUUAUGAUGAGAAGGAUGUUUUUAUUGAAGCUUGGAAUAGUAUGCUUGAGAAAUAUGAUCUUAGAGACAAUAAGUGGCUAAAAAAAAUGUUCAAUUUGAAGGAAAAAUGGGCAUUGGUAUAUGGAAGAGAGACACUUUGUGCAGACAUGAAAACUACUCAGCGGAGUGAAAGUAUGAAUAAUGUAAUUAAGAAUUAUGUUAGCUACAAGCAUGAAAUACCAAGAUUUUUUCAGCAUUUUCAAAGAUUAGUUGAGGAUCGUCAAUAUGAUGAGUUGAAGGCUGAUUUUAAAGCAACUCAAACUUCAUUGUCAUUGUCUUUGCCAAUAGAAAUUUUGAAGCAUACAUCAAUUGUUUACACUCCAGCUUUAUUCAGAAUGUUUGAGAAAGAAUUUUGCAAGGCUUAUGAUUGUGCUAUGAACAUUAAAAGUGAGAAUAGAACAGUGUCAGAGUAUACAGUGACCCCUCAUGGAAAGGUUUAUGAGCAUAUUGUUACAUAUGAUUCUUCUAAUGAUACAGUAACAUGUGGUUGUAAGAAAUUUGAUUUUGCAGGAAUUUUGUGUGCACAUAUUUUGAAGAGCAAGAGUGUGUCUGUUGAAGAUGCAAAAGCAAAAAUGGCAAAACAUUACAAAGAAGUUUGUAGAAUGCAAACUCAGCUAGCAACAAAAGCCGAUGAAGAUGAGAAAGCAUACAAAAUUAGCUCAAGGGAAAGAGAUUCCAACUUCUACUACCAGACAUAA